UUUGCAUAGAAGUGAGGAUAUAACUGCUCAUGCAGAGAAAGCACGUAUACUACAGUCCAGAGCAGCAGCUGCAAAAGACUAGAGUUACUUCUGUGCAGAGCAUCAGUGAUUAAUCUGCAAAAAUGUCCGACAAACCAGAUAUGGCUGAAAUUGAGAAAUUUGACAAGACUAAAUUGAAGAAAACAGAAACGCAAGAGAAAAAUCCCCUGCCUUCAAAAGAAACAAUUGAACAGGAGAAGCAAGCAGGCGAAUCGUAAUGAGGCGUGCGCCGCCAAUAUGCACUGUACAUUCCACAAGCAUUGCCUUCUUAUUUUACUUCUUUUAGCUGUUUAACUUUGUAAGAUGCAAAGAGGUUGGAUAAAGUUUAAAUGACUGUACUGCCCCUUUCACAUC